AUGGAGAGUCNCCACUCUUCGUUUCCUUCAAAAUCUCCUCACACAAAGAGGGUAAUGUGGAUUCGGACACUGCCAAAUGCAGUUCAAGCACGAAUCCUAUCGUUUCUUGCAUUCGAGCACCGGAGGUUUGGCACGCGAGACUUGUCUAAACUUGCCCGGGAUAUGUUGAGUGAGAGUGAUGAACUGGAUUUUUGGGUAAAGAGAGCUGCACGCCAACUGCUUGACGUAGUAUCUGACUCCAAUUAUGAGUGGGUAUCUUGUUUGAAUUUGGAUUCAGAACAAGAAAAAGUGGAUGAUGAUUUUGGGUCAUUGCCAGAUUGGCUUAAGGAUGCGGCAUAUACCAGUGACUUGGUUCUUCCAUGGCUUCCUAUAUCCCCUGAUCGAUUAAAUUUGAGAAUGCCAUUUAGUAGUAGUGGUGGGAAUGAGGAUUUGUUGAUUGAAGUUGAAGAGGAUGAACAAGAGUUCAGAUGA